UGAAAAUUAUUCUUGCGCCUCUUCCCCCCCCCCCGCGCUCGGUUCCGGGAAUCUCCGUGUCGGAGGGGCCGUGGGGCAAGUGCCAGCAUGCAUACAUAAGUGUUGCGUAAAGUGCUUAUUGGCCUUUAAGAUGAACGUGGCAGGUAUCUCUGGGAUUUUGGGCAGCCUUGGUGUCUAACAAAUGAACGUGGUGCAAGUUUUCAAACAUCCUUUUAAACUCUUUUAUACCAACUAGUAAGAGCAGCCAUGAGUGGCUCCAAACCUGACAUUCUGUGGGCUCCACAUCAUGUUAAUAGAUUUGUUGUGUGUGACUCUGAGCUGAGCCUCUACCACAUCGAAUCUGCUGUAAGUUCUGAACUCAAAGCAGGAUCAAUGCGUUUAUCAGAAGAAACUACAGCCACUCUGUUGUCCAUUAAUUCUGAUACCCCGUAUAUGAAAUGUGUGGCUUGGUACCCGAAGUACGAUCCUGAGUGUCUUCUGGCAGUUGGACAGGCCAAUGGCCGAGUUGUCCUUACUAGUCUUGGCCAAGAUCACAAUUCAAAGUCCAAGGAGUUGAUAGGGAAAGCAUUUGUUCCAAAACAUGCUCGGCAGUGCAACACCUUAGCAUGGAAUCCACUGGAUGGCUAUUGGCUUGCUGCUGGUCUUGAUAAACAUCGGGCUGAUUUCUCAGUACUAAUCUGGGACAUCAGUAGCAAAUACACUCCAGAAAUUCCAGUGGCAACUGAAAAAGUGAGGCUUGCCUCUGGAGACACUGAAACAGGGCUGGUUGUGACAAAGCCGCUUUAUGAAUUGGGGCAGAAUGAUGCUUGUCUUUCUCUUUGUUGGCUUCCACGGGACCAGAAACUUCUUUUAGCUGGAAUGCACCGGAACCUGGCAAUCUUUGACCUUAGGAAUAUAAGCCAAAAAAUGUUUGUGAAUACCAAGGCUGUUCAAGGAGUCAGUGUUGAUCCAUUUUUCCACGAUCGUGUGGCUUCCUUCUAUGAAGGUCAAGUUGCCAUAUGGGAUCUUAGAAAGUUUGAAAAGCCUGUUUUGACCCUAACAGAACAACCAAAACCCUUAACAAAAGUGGCAUGGUGUCCUACAAGGACUGGAUUGCUAGCAACUUUGACCAGAGAUAGUAAUAUCAUCAAACUCUAUGACAUGCAGCACACUCCCACCCCGAUAGAUGAAACUGAACCUACAAUCAUCGAAAGAAGUGUACAGCCUUGUGAACACUAUAUUGCUUCUUUUGCGUGGCAUCCCACAAAUCAAAAUCGAAUGGUAGUGGUGACUCCAAACAGGACCAUGUCAGACUUCACUGUGUUUGAAAGGAUCUCUCUUGCGUGGAGUCCAGUUACCUCUUUAAUGUGGGCAUGCGGGAGGCAUUUAUAUGAGUGCACUGAAGAAGGAAAGGCCAGUUCCCUCGAGAAAGAUAUUGCCACCAAAAUGCGUCUAAGGGCUCUAUCCAGGUAUGGCCUUGAUACGGAACAGAUCUGGAGAAACCAUAUUCUAGCAGGAAAUGAAGACCUGCAGCUGAAGUCACUCUGGUACACUCUGCACUUUAUGAAGCAGUAUACAGAGGAUAUGGAUCAGAAAUUCACAGGAAACAAGGGUUCCUUAGUGUAUGCUGGCAUCAAAUCCAUUGUGAAGGCAUCUAUGGGAACAACAGAGAACCUCAGGCAUAACCGGAGUGGGUCGGACAGGCAGGCAGAUAUUAUUCAGUAUCUAAGUGAGGAGAGAUCAUUGGCUUUGCAGCUUUGUGGCUGGAUCAAGAAGGGCACAGAUGUUGAUGUGGAGCCUUUCCUAAACUCUUUGGAGCAAGAAGGAGAUUGGGAGCGAGCUGCUGCCGUGGCACUGUUCAACUUGGACAUACGGCGAGCAAUACAGAUACUGAACAAAGGAGCUUCUUCGGGGAAAGGUGAUCUAAAUCUCAAUGUUGUGGCCAUGGCAUUAUCAGGCUACACAGACGAAAAGAACUCAUUGUGGAGAGAGAUGUGCAGUACUCUGCGGUUGCAGCUAAACCACCCUUACCUGUGUGCCAUGUUUGCAUUUCUGACAAGUGAAUCGGGUUCCUAUGAUGGGGUUUUGUAUGAAAGCAACGUAGCUGUACGAGACAGAGUGGCAUUUGCUUGUAAAUUCCUCACUGAUGCUCAGUUGAAUAGAUUCCUUGAAAAGCUAACGAGUGAAAUGAAAGAAGCUGGGAACCUAGAAGGAAUACUCCUGACGGGACUAACAAAGGAUGGGGUGGAUUUAAUGGAAAGUUACGUUGACAGAACAGGAGAUGUUCAGACAGCAAGCUAUUGCAUGUUACAGGGUUCUCCCUCUGAAGUGCUUAAAGACGAGCGGGUUCAAUAUUGGAUUGAAAACUACAGGAACCUCUUGGAUGCAUGGAGAUUUUGGCACAAACGAGCAGAAUUUGACAUCCACAGGAGUAAACUGGAUCCCAGCUCAAAACCUUUAGCACAGGUGUUUGUAAGCUGCAAUUUUUGUGGAAAAUCAAUCUCCUACAGCUGCUCAGCCAUUCCACAUCAGGGCCGAGGUUUUAGUCAGUAUGGUGUCAGUGGAUCUCCAACCAAAUCCAAGGUCACAAGUUGUCCUGGUUGCCGCAAGCCCCUCCCUCGCUGUGCACUUUGUCUAAUAAAUAUGGGAACUCCAGUUUCCAGCUGCCCAGGAGGGUCCAAGUCAGAUGAAAAGGUGGAUCUCAGCAAAGACAAAAAACUAGCUCAGUUCAACAACUGGUUUACUUGGUGCCACAACUGCAGGCAUGGUGGUCAUGCUGGACACAUGCUGAGUUGGUUCAGGGAUCAUACCGAAUGCCCUGUCUCGGCAUGUUCAUGUAAAUGUAUGCAGCUGGAUACAACCGGGAAUCUCAUCCCAGCAGAGAUGGUCCAGCCAUAAAACAUCAUAGCUUGAACAAGGACCUUCAGAACAGGGGGCUCUCCCUAACAGACGUCCUUCACAGCCAAAACACGUACCUCAGAAUGAGUCACUCAUGACUUGCCCGUAAUAGAAAAAUAAAUCAUUCUAUCACAUCAGCAAUUUGAUGUGUGGAUGGUUUUGAUGUGCUUUGCAUAGCCAGGUAUUGCUGGACUUGAGUCUUCAUGUGUGUCAUGUGGACGCUGUUCAGCGGGUUGUGAAGCAAUUCAUUUCACAAGCAUUUAUAGAAGCUUCACUGAAAUUCGAAGCAGUCUGCAGGAAGAUUUUCAGCAUUAUGCUGUCCAGACCUUGAACCUUCCAUCUGCAAUGAACCAGCAUCAUAUUACUGUAUUUCAUGAACUUUCGAAAGACAGUGCCCAAGUUAUGCUGCUGAUUUAUUAUAUUCAGGUAAUACUGCCACUUUUUUCUUAGCGGAGACAAACUGCAGUGCUGUUCUGUGACACUGCAGUGAUACUCUUCAGGUGAAUCAAAGUCUCUUUCAGUCUGCAUGAGUAAAUAGUAAGGUUCCAUUUUCAAUAUAAUAUGCUUCUGGGGAGCAUCCACCAUUUUUACGUAAGUAGCAUUAACAAGUUUCAGAUAAGUUGUUAGAGACACGAAUGUCAGCUGCAUAAAACCGUAGCCAACCAAUGCUGGACAAAAUAGCUAGCAUUUGAAAAAGCAGGAAUUGACUACACACCUAAAAUGUGUUGCAGUAUUAAUGGUACCCACCCCACAUCUUACAUUGGGACAAAAUGGUAUGCUUUUGGUUUAGAAAACGGCAGUAAAUAUACAAUUUAGAUGAGUGAGCUAGUUCAAUAAAGGUUAACUUACAUUGUUCAAAUAAUACUGGAUGUCCCCUGCCAUGAUGGCUGUUAGUGCCAAACGUUGGCUUGGAUCCCUUCUAGAAUUUCUGGAGUACAGGGUUAUUUUUUUGACUCCCCUUUAGCAUUACAGCCCAAAAUGCUGCUUUUGUGGCACAGAGGAACCACAAAGGAAUUGCUGGAGGUGGGGAGGGUGAAUAAUAGAGAGCCUGUGGAAGUUCCAAGUGAGAUCUCAGCUGUUACUAGAUUUCCCCCUGAACAAGAUAUUUGAUUUGUUAAAGUAUGUGACAAUUACAGGAGCUUUUGGGGUGGGGGAAUAUGUCUAUUUAUUUUAAAAACUAUGUAGAAAAAAAGUACACAGAGAAAACAUUAAGCAUAUAAUGAUACACUGCUAUAAUCAGUAUAGAUUUACGUUGCAACUCAGUUUAUAGAUUUCUUUGGUUAAUUGGCAGCAAGACCAAAACAUGCCACUCAGAGUUGCAAUACAUCCCUAGAAAGCUAAACUUCCUGUUUGUUUCCAAUGCAAUUUUGUAAUUAGAGUUUUAUAGUUGCCUACUUGACAAUCCUACACAGUAGUUUGAAAUAGACAAGCCUGGGUGCAUAUGGUGGUCUGUACAUCUACCAAUGGAUUUCCUGCUCUUUCCCACUGCAGUCCCUGCACACACUCAGCCUCUCCUGAGGGUUUGGAGAUUUCUUAGAAAUGUGGGCAACCCAGCUGGGGAAGGGGAAAUCAAAGCAGUAGAUCCCUCCCUCUUCUCCCAUACAUGAACAGAUGUGCCUUCCUUUUGCACACUUGGCACUUUGGAGCCAAGCCACCAUAUCUGUACACACAGCACUGAAAAGGGAAAAAACAAAUCCUUCACAGAAGUGAAAACCAUUAUUUAUUUCUAUGUAUGCAGUUGUGCUGGUGGGCUUUAUUAUAUUGCUUUGGUCAAAGGCCACUUCCAAUCAGAAUUGCAUUUUUGUUAUUGAAUCUGUAAUGAGGUAUGCAUCACAGUACCCAAACUGUUACUCUGACCUUUUUGUAAUGUUGACAAAAGAUGAACAUUUGCUUUAACAAUCUAGAAUCUAAAGUAUAAGAACAAUUUGUAGAUUUGAUUUUGUUUGUCGUAUAUGAAGUAUUAAGAGAGCAUGGAUAUUAAUGUCUUCUUCCCAUCAAUAAGAUUUUUUAAAAUGUGUACGUAUGAAUUAUUACUAACUUGGAAGUCUAAAAGCAGUAUUUUUGUAAAAUAACUGUAUUUUAUGACUUUUUGAAAAGGCUAGUAAAUAAAGACAACCUGGUUCUUGUGGGAUUCCUUUGCAUCAUUUCAUUCAACACCUUGUGUCCUUGGAAGAACUGUACUAUUUAUGUAUUUCUAUCCCACUUUUUUCCCUAUUGGGAGUUUGUAAGGAAAGCAAAAAUAAAGUUUUGACAAACAAAACUGUGUGCAGCCCCUGCGCUGAUGCCUGGAUCCACUGGGACAACUCCGUCAGGGCUACAGUCUGCAAGUCACUAGUCAAGACCUUAAGAUCACACCUCUUAGCCAACUAAUUGCAACAUAAGGGAAACAGAAGUUCAGUCCAGAUCUUAUGCAGCUGGGAAUCAUGUUCCCAAGAUUCCUCUUUCCUGUAAAGAAGAGUUGG